AUGGGGUGGUUAUGGGGAAGCAGCACCGACGGGGCGAACGACCCUACCAAGAAACUGGACGAUGGACUGCGGGAUUUUCUGGAUAAGGAAUCCUCGAGACACGACGAAACGAAAGCAACUGCUGCACGCCCAGCAGCCGCGCCCUCGACCGAUGCUGCAUCAAACACCUUCAGAGCCCAACUUGGGCUAGACACACCUGGUCUCGACCAAAAACAUCAGAACUCCGCACCCUCAGAUCGACCCGCAGUCCCGCCUGAGGCACUCUAUCAGGAUGGGCGGUAUGCGCAUCUGUGGAAAAACUACAGGCCGCAGAGCGAGGUCGAGAGCGCAGGGAAGUCUGACCAAGAUCGUUUGGCAGACUUGGUACAAUCAUUCAAAGAUCGCAAAGCUGAGAUUGGGCGAACAGCGCUGGAGAAUUGCGCAGACUACCAGAUCGCAGAACGAGAAUGCUUGACCAAUGGCUCGCUGUGGAAGAAGAUGACAAUGUGCAGGGAGGAAGGCAAGGCAUUCAAUAGAUGCUAUACCAUGCAAGCACGGUUCCUCUCCGCACUUGGAUAUCUUUCACAAGUGCGAUCAGAAGAAGAGGAGGAGCGCAUUCAAAUGCAUGCAGACAAGCUGUACCAUGAGAUGCUGGAGCGGGAACGGAUACAGAAAGAAGCAGAGGAGAAGGGCCAAGAGCUGCCAGAACUCCCGCCUCUGAUAGUGCCUGAAAAAAUCACGGCCGCACUUGGGGAGGAUAGUGCGUUUGCGCGAGCACGGAAACUGGCCAUGGAGCGCGGAAUGCAGUACAAUUUGAGCUCUUACACCCCAGAGAAGCAAGAGGAGUUCAAGAAGCGGAUCGAUGGCCUCUCACCAGCGGAGAAGGAGGUUGAGCUGCAGUUGAUAGCAGCCGAGUCGCGUUCGCAGUUAGAAUAUGCUGAACAAAUCGCUAAGCACAUGCAGGAAGAGAAGCAGCACCGUGAAGAGAGGCGAGACCGUGGCAAAGAAACGAUAGGAGACACCUUGAGGCGGUUAUGGGGGACAUGA